AUGACGAUGACGUGCUCUUUGCUCUUUGUCUUUGACUUAACGUUAGCAACGUUAAAUAUGUCGUCACGUGGGAGAAUAUAUGGUGGUUACAGUGGGAGAGGUAACUAUAAUAAUCGAGGUAGUGGCUAUAGGGGAUCUUAUCGGGGCAGCAGCAGUCGUGGCUCAUAUGAUAGUGGACGUGGAGGGAGAGGUGGUGGCUACUCUUAUAACAAUGAAUCUCGUUAUAAUAGUAGCAAUUCAAAUAGAUAUUCUACAAGUCGUGAUAGAAUUGAUGACUCCUAUAAAAAGUCAUAUAGAUCAGAGACUGCAAGUUAUUCAACACGUGAUUAUGGUCGCUCAGGUUCACCAGAAAGAAAAAGAAUGAGAAUAGAGGGGUCUUCGAGCGAUAGACGUAGCCAUGACGGCGGCGGCCAUUAUGGCGGAUCGUACAGCGGUAGACAAGAGAGCUAUGGCGGCGAGAGACGGUCGUUCGGCGGAGAGGAUAGAAGACGAUCGCCUAACCGAGAUAGCUACCGCAAGGCGAGCGGCAUGGGUCCGCCGCGCGAGCCGUCGCGCGUGACGGUGCGGCCGCGCGCGCCGCGCCGCUCGUUCCGCGGCCGCACGCUCCGCUCGCGCGCCUCGUUCCGCGGCGCGCCGCGCUCGCGAGGCUCCUUUACCUCUAGGCGCUUCGGCGAACGCUCGCUCCCUUACACCCGUGCGUUCAGAUCUAUCAAGGGCCGAAGCUCUAUUAAAUCAAAAGAAGAAGCAUCCUCUACUGAAGAAGACUGGGAUGCUGAUGAAAAGGAAGAAGCAGUUGAAGAGAAAAAAGAGACAAAAGUUAAAUCUCCAAAGGUUGAAGCUGAAGCAUCAGAAGGAGAAGUUGCUGAAGGUGGUGAAGACACUGACAAAGAGCCUGAUGCUGCCUCAGAUGGAGAAACACCAACUUCACGUCCCUAUGUGCAUUUAGCCUGUGUGCAUUGCAAGGAAAAAUGUUCUACUUUUGCUGGCUACGCGAAGCAUUUGCUGUCGGGCAAGCACCGUGCGGCAAUGAGCGCGGUGGCGCGGCGGCACAAGGCGCAGCUGCUGCGCAUGCGCGUGGCGCAGCGCGGCGCACAGCGCGAGCUGGAGGCCACGGCCGGCGCCGAGCUGGCGCCGCGCACCACCUUCUGCAUGGUGUGCCGCCUCAACCACCGAACCACCAGCCACGCGCACAACCUCACCGACACGCACCGUGCCAUGAAGCGCUUCCUGAUGCCCUUCUGUCGCAUCUGCCGCAUUAAGUUCCGAUCGCCGAUGAUAUAUGAACAUCAUAUUUGCUCACUCGACCAUUUGAAGAGAAAAGCUAAUCAAACGGCACGUCGAACUAGCCCUAAGGCUGAAGCUAGUGGUGAUGAGGGCAUGGAUGUUGAUUUAGACAACUUUAUGACUCUGGACUCUGUGGGGGAUGUUGAUGAAGUUGAAGAUGAUGAUUCCAGUGGUGAAAAGAAGGAUGAUGCUUCUCCCAAGAAGCCAAAAGUUGAAAUAAACAUUGGAAGUGAACAUAUUAAAAAAGUGGAGGUGUGGUGGUGCGAGCUGUGCCGCGUGUACCUGCCGCGCGCGGAGGCUGGCGGCGCCGAGGAGGCGGAGGCGUUGCGCCGGCACUGCCGCCUACGCGUGCACCUGGGCCGCUACGUGCAGCACCGCGACACGCGCACGCUGCGCCGCCACGCCGAGCGCAUACACCGCCAGCUGCACCAGAACAAAGAAAAUGAAAAAACAGAUGCUGGUGAAGAAAAUUCAGAAGAUAAAUCAAAGACUGAGAAACCUGAACCUGUUAAUGACAAGAAAAAUCUAGAAAAUGGUACAGAUGUCGCUAAUGCUUCUGGCAGUGAAGAUAAACUUUGGGCUGAUGUUGACAAAGACAUAGGGGAGUUGUUAAGGGAAGUGGAUCCACAAGGCAAUGAAGGAAGUGAUGAUGACGAGGACCUUGGAAGGUACGAUAAAUUUCGCAAAAGCGAUAAGAAAUCAAAGAGUGCAGAUGGUGAAGAAAGUGAUGACAAAGCAGUAGAAAAUCCUAAAGAAAAAAAUAUUGCCGAAGUUGAUUCCACUGCUUCUUAA